AUGAUCAUCCAAGCAUUCCCUUCUUUUACGUUUUCAUCCUCGAUUUUCUUGUUAUGUUUGUUCCAAUUUAUUUUUCACGGCGUGGCCGGGGUUCCAACCAGGACGUUUAAAUCGAGGCCGGACCUUAACCCACCUAUAUUUGUCGUUCAACAUAGCACCCCAACUGAACUGAGCCCCGGAUAUUUUUUCGUUACUCCUUCUGACGGCGAAAACCCUGGUCCUCAUAUUUUUGAUAACUAUGGAAAUCUCGUUUGGACUGGUUGGGGCAAUUCGGGACCAGGUAUUUCGCACGGGAUGCACGUAUGCCCUCACGAAGGCAAGGAUCAUUUGUGCUUUUUCCAAGGUGCCCAAGCAAAAGGAUAUGCCCGUGGACAUGGCCUUAUUCUCGAUAACCACUACCGUAUCGUACGAUCUGUCCAACCUGGCGGUGGGAUGUCAUCAAGCGAUAUGCAUGAAUUCAAACCAAUUGGCGAUGGCAAAACUGCGCUGAUGACGGUCUACCAGCAGCGCCAAUUUGAUAUGAGUACCUGGAAUAUCAAAGCCGGCAUGGGCUGGGUAAUGGAAAGCAUAUUCCAGGAGGUUGAUGUUGAGACGAGUGAAGAGCUAUUUGAAUGGAGGUCUCUCGAUCAUGUUGACCCAUCAGCCACUUACACAUGGCCAGACCACACAGACACCUCUGGAAAUGGUUUGGAAGCACAUUCGUCGUGGGACUACUUUCAUAUAAACUCCAUCGACAAGAAUGCGGACGGUGAUUACUUGAUCUCCUCUCGCCAUACUUGCGCUGUCUACAAGGUCUCUGGCAAGGAUGGAUCGGUCAUUUGGCGGCUACACGGAGCUAAUCCCUCGUUUCGAAAUAUAAACUUUAGUUUUUCACAACAACAUGAUGCCCGAUGGUUGUCAGAGAAUUCGACGCAUACAUUGCUAUCGCUUUACAACAAUGGAUACAAUGGCUUUAACCAAACCCAUGUGUACUCGUCUAGUAUGGUUAUCCUGAUCGAUCAUCGAGAUAUGACUGCGACGAUGAUUAAAGAAUAUGCCCCUUACGCCAACAAUGUGAUUGCUUCAAGUCAAGGGAACACACAGGUGCUUAAAAACAAGCACGUUGUCACCGGCUGGGGGAAUACUGGAUAUGUGUCCGAACAUAAUGAAAAUGGAGAUUUAAUAUUCUGGGCCUUGAUAGGAAACGGGGAGACGAUGAACUAUAGGGCCCAGAAAUUCGAAUGGGAGGGCUAUCCGAGUGAUAGUCCCGCAAUGUGGACAUAUUCGAAGUCCGAUAACGAUGAGUCACCAAUGACAUUCUACAUUAGUUGGAACGGAGCUACUCAAAUCAAAACCUGGCGCUUUUACGGUGCACAGAAUAGAACUGGACCUUACACCCUACUGUCUGAAGUGUCUAAAAGAGGAUUCGAGACUUCAUAUACCCACGGUGCCUUUUAUCCCUGGACCUAUGCUGAGGCCGUUGAUGAGAAGGGAAACGUCUUGGGGUUAUCGUCUGAUAAGUUCACCUUUGUUCCCUCUCCUGGUCUUCGUGACUUUUGCACGGAUCAACUGUGUGAAAAUACCAAUCAAUAUGGGCUACCUGGUGAGGAGGGCGCUCAACCAAUUGUUCCUCCAAUGGGUAUCAAAACAGUCCCUUGGGCUCUAGACGAGGAUGUAGUUAACAGGACAAUUCUGUCACCUGGACAUCAGACACUUGGCAACAAACAGACUGGCUACAAAUUCACACGCGGCCAACUUGCUUGGGGAAUUGCCCUACUUGGAGUGGUAAUAGCGAUUGUUACUGUUCUUAACUGGAUAUACUUUCGCCGACCCCAUCGCCCACAAGAAAAGUUCAACCGUCUGAAAGAGCGAAAUUCCACAGAGGAGCUAAACAAUCUCCAUGUAAAGCCUCAAUUCUCAUCUUUACCUUCAUCGUGGUGGAACCCCCGACGAUGGAUGCGUAACGAGGAGGUGUCGCACAAGUACUCUUCAUUGUCUGGGCAAGAUCAGCAAGAUGACAUCGAGAAAUGA